GCCUUUUCAAAAUGGCGACGUGUUAAGUGUUGUUGUCAAAUUCAGAAUAUUGUUUUUGCAAAUACGGCCGUUGCAAUUGUCAAAAUGGCAGAGAAGCCGCCCAAAGAACAGGACAUUCUUCAACUUUUCAAAUCAAAGGUUGAAGAAGCUGUUGGAAUGGUGGCAUUGAUUCCUGAAGCCCAAAGAAGACAGCUGCAUGACUUCUGGAAUGUGAUAUCAAACACUAUUAAUCCAUCAAAUGAAAGUGAUGAUCUUGGUAAAAGUAAGAAUGAAGCAAGUUUUAGGGCUCAAGAUGAAUGUGACAAUAGUGACCAUGGUGAAGCAAGCUAUAGCAUUCAAGAUAAAUGUCUGCCACCAGAGAACACAGAUCAAGAAAUUCAAGCAAAUGCACAAAGCACAACAACUACUGAGGAAGGACAGCUGGUUUCUUCAGAUAUUCAGGACUUCCUGGACAUGGUUUCGACAACAAACCAUGUUAAGUUUCCGGAGCCUUUAGUGACCAGCUCAUUAUCGAGUCAGACUCUGUCAGAAACACAAUAUACCUCACCAGGUCCUACACCUUCACCUGGGCAGUUUAGAGAUACUACAGAUCAAGAGGAAGCUAAUGCGGACCAUGAUAUUGAUGACCAGGAUGUGACAAUCAAUGUUUUGUCCGAUACUGAUCACUUUGGGAAUAAAGGGGACAUUAUUGAAAUAGAUGCCCAUCCCGGUGCUCCUACAAAGGAAGGUUUGGUGAGCAUUCUUAAAAAAGAACAUAUGGAAACCCCAACAGAAAUUCUGUGUGAAGUAAGGGAAGAUAGUCAAACUAUAGAAAUCCAUCUUCCAGCUGAUUUUUCAGAAGGAGAAAUUUUAACACCGGAAAAGCUGAGUUUGUUAUUGCAGGGUCAGUUUGAAAGCUGUUCACUUCUGAAAGAAGAAUCUUCAGAAAUCCAUCUAGAACAAUUUGUAGAGACCAUUCCUUUAGAUUCACCUGCAAUAGAAAAUGUUUCAAAAAAGCAAAACAAGAACCAAAUACAAGGGUACCACGAACAGACAAAUAGCAACAAAUCUACAGACAGUGAUUAUAGUGAAGUGUUACAUGAAAUAACGGACAACCAACACCCAAAACCAGACUCUCAUUUAAUAUCUAAUCAUGAUGAAUCAUCUGUGUGUAAUGGUGAAAACAAGGGGAAUCAUUCAAUAUCAUCUCCAAAAAGAUCAAGUAAACGCAUAAAACAAAAAAAAAGUAAUGUACUACUAGAGGGAGAUAUACUGACUCCAGAUAAGAUUCUAGAUUAUUUGUAUGGAGAAGAAAUUGAUAAGGAAAUUGAAGGUGAAGAGACAAAUCAUGAUGAUGGUGAUGAACAUGUAGUGAGGACCAUUAGAAAAAGGAGAAGGACUCGGCAGAUCAAACAAGACCUUGGCUCUGAUUCUAAAUCAAAAUCACAACAGCGCCUUCCCAAGCGACCACGUGUUGUUAAGAAUAAAACAGAAAAUGGGGAGAUGGCAUGGGAAUGCAAAACAUGUGGAAUCAAGUUAUCAAACUCUGGGUCUCUGUUAGUUCACCAGAGAAAGCAUACUGGAGUAAGGCCGUUUUCCUGCAACGAAUGUGACAAGACGUUCACAACUAAGCAAAAUAUGAAACGUCACCUGUUGAGCCACACAGGGGAGAAACCUUUUGCAUGUGAUCUGUGUGAGAAAAGUUUCACAGAGAAGAAAAGCUUGAUUAUUCACAAGAGGACUCACACGGGAGAGAAACCCUAUGUGUGUAAGAUUUGUAGCCGAGGCUUCACACAGAGUAUUACACUGCAGACACACAUGAUGAUACACACAGGCGAUAAGAAACACUUGUGUGAGCUGUGUGGAAAGUCCUUCAGACAACGUGCAAAUCUCCUCUCGCACAAAAAACGUCACCUGGAACAGAAAGCUUACAACUGUCCAGACUGUAGCUUCUCGUUCUUCACUAAAGGUGAACUAGAUCGCCACAUCCUGCGACAUACGGGAGAAAAGCCAUUCCAAUGCGACAUAUGUCCGAAACGCUUCACUCGACAACAAUACCUCAAUGAGCACCUUAACAUUCACAUCGGCAACAAGCCUUACAGUUGUAACAAGUGUGAGGAGAAAUUCCACGACCAGUCCACCUACCAUCGCCACCUGAAGAAGCACAAGCCGAAAAAGGAAGAGGUAGUUAAAGACGAGGUCGAAACCUUGACGACUGCUAAUAACAACACAACAACAACUUAUGUGAUGGAGACAAACAGUUUACUUGGUCCGGACACACUAGAACAGUUACAGGCUGUCAUUAAUAACGAAGUUGAGAAGAUACAAAAUCAAUCCGGCUCCAGCCAACAGUAUCAGACAGUCAUCCUGAAAGGCAGUAGUGCCCAGCCAGUGGAGUCGCUGGGCGAGGUGAUAAAGGGCACAGGUGACAUCAAGGAUAGUGCUAAUGAUCAGGUGUAUCAGAUCACCAUGGUGGACCAAUCACAGGAGGUGGUUGCCACUGUAGACUUCUCGGCGUUUAAUCUUCUAGCUAAUGCCACUGCUAAACAGUAUGCUAUAUCAUCUGAGUAGUGUAGGGGGAGACAUGUUGAACUUCUCGGUAGACUUCUGACCAACACCAACGUUUUAAGUAGGCUAUAUUAUCUAACCAGUGGUUGGGUAGAACUGGCAAAAUUCAGAGCACUCAGACAUCUGACCAGCUCAAGCUCUUAAAGUAGGCUAAGUCAUCGAGUCAUGUUGAACUUCUCGGCAUUCAAUUUUCAAACUAAUGUGAACACCAAUAUAUAUAUUCAUUGUUUGGGCUAACACAUCACUGCUAAAAAGUGUUUUACUAAAACUUUCAAAUAACAUUAAAAGUCAAGAUUACUGCUGCUGUUCAUAUUUCUAGUAGGUACAUUAAAGUUUGUUUUUUUUUUUUUUUUAAAGUUUGAUACCUCAGAAAAACAAUAUGCUGUGUCUUUUAACUUGUUGACGUCGAGUACAAAUGACAUACGUAUACAUAUACACAAGAAUUUCAUCAAGUUGUUAUUGGUUACACUAAUUCUCAUAAGAUAUAAUUGUAAACCUUUUGUUAUUUGUGUAAAUGUUAUGAGAAAUUAAUGUAUCAAUUGCAACUUAAAUAAAAGAGAUUAUUAUACAAUUGUCUUUUUAAGUUCAUUUGUAUCUUGAAAUCAACAUUGGAAUUCAUCUGUAAAUAGCAGACUAGCUGUUCUCACUUCAUCACUAACAUUAAUGCUCAGUCAUAUUUAGUGAUAAUUUUAUUAGACUUGAAAGUGAAAAAUAAAAAAACUAACUGCGUAAGUUUAGUAAAACCUUGUUAUACUGCCACCAUUUCUGUACAGCGAAAUUUUGGUGUUUAUAUAAACAGGCUUGGCAUUAACUGAAGGAAACAUAGAAAGGAAUUCUAACGAUAAUGAAAAAAAAAAAUGAGACCUUAAACUGUGUUGGUGGUAAGUGAGAUGGUAAAUAGAAUGUGGGGCAUUACAUUGGGGUUUUACUGUACUAUAAAAAUAUUAUCUAAUUCAAUUUAUAGUGACUGUCCUGUUUCAAUUAUACAAAAUACCAAAAGGGAACAAAAGAAAAUGAAAGCAUGGAGUAUGUUAACAAAGAACAUUAUAGACUGCAGAAAUUUUAAGCUACGUAUUGUUUGUAAAAUUUACAUCACCUCUGCAUUUAAGUCGGUAUGCCCAUUUACCGUUAUGAAAUUUUGAGUUGGUAGUGGUGAACAUUGCAAGUGUUAUUUUGCUUAGAUUUAGCCAGUUUUCAUGUGAUAAUAACAACAACUUACUGAGUGCUAUGUUUUUUGUGGUGUUAUACAUGUGGCAAUCGGAUCUCCGGAAGAACGUAGAACUUUUUUCCGAAUUGAAAUUUUGAGUCAUCCUUUCUGUUCUGUACAGUUUAUGUGUGAAAUUGUCAUACAUCAAUCAAAAUAACGGGAAGUUCAGGAUAAAAAAACACCUUAUGUUAGAGGUUCUUAUAAAACAUGGACAUUACCUGAUAUUUGGGAGUUUUCCAGUAAAAUAAUUAACAAUUCCAAAUGCUCUGUCCUGGAAUUUUAACUUUCAUAUUGCUAGAUGGGGUGCCGAGAUUGAUUAACAAGAGUAUUUUUGGAUUGGCUAGCCCUAUUGGCAUAACCCAGUCCUAAGUGGUUAUGCAUGUAAGAAAAAGCAAACAGCUACCUAUAUUUUGUUGUUGAAGAGUUCCUCAUCCACCAAAAAUUCAAAAAAUUGUUUAAGGUGAUUUCUCAAAAAUUUAUGAAGAACAGUGUCCAACAUCUGUUCCAAAAUAAAAGAUGCUUUUUGACGUCAAUAACGAUCUCCAAAUGCCAAAACAGCUGGCUGCGUUUUAAUGUUGAUGUAAAUUGAGGUCAUAUGAAAGUUUUCUGUU